ACUUGUGCCACAGGCAGUCUACACACACACGAACACACAUGACUAAUGUUGGCAGCCACCCAUGGACACAGGCUGCCCCAUUUCACAGCUGGGAGAGUGAGGCUCAAAGGCAAAGUGAAAAGGCCUCUGGGUCAGGAGGGCCUGGGCCACUACCAAUUUAUGGAGGAGUUAUUGUUAAAGGUGUCAAACAGCUAUCAUAAUUGUGGUCAGAUUUUACAUUUUCUAUGGAAAAAAAAAUCGAUGCUUGUAACACUUGUUAAAAAAUGCAGUAUUUCUCUGCCCACCCAAAGAAUUUUGAACUACAAUAAGCCAUUGGAGUUUGCCCAGAAUGGCACUGGCUUCUCAGAGCUGACAGUGUGACAUCAGCCAUGGCUUGAAUUGCAGCACUGGGUCGGUCACCAUCCGUGAUUAGCUUCCUACAGCAGCAGAGACUCCUGCGCCGGUCCCUGUGCUGUGUGCAAGACCGUGCUUUGAAAAACCUGAUGAUCUCUGGGUCUGUGCAGGCGGGGAGGUCCCCAAGUGGGAACCACAUUUUCAGUCCUGGGAGGGAGAUCAACCUUUUUUUUGAUCCUGCUGGUUAGUGUAGUGCUCUCAGUUGGCAAAGUUGUCCCAAAGUCUGGAUCGAAGACCAUCUGUAAGGGUGGCCUUGGUUCCUCUUGGAUUGUGUCACAGGGCUCAGGGCCUCUUCUCUGUUCGGUAACUCCCCUCCGAGUUGCAGCCCCAGCUCACCAGCUUGUCACAAGAAAGCCCAUCAAAUGUUUGAGAACUGAAAACCAACCACUGAAAGACUCAUACAACAAAAAACACUGUAACUAGCCCCUAAAUAAGCACCAGAAACUGCUUUGUGGGUCUUCACUCUGCUGUGUCCUGACUCAAGCUAGCACUGGCCUCAGGACGUCCCACUGGGUAUGAGCCUGGGCCACCUCCAGUCCUUUUGAACUCAAAUCCCUCAGCAGCUUUGGCUGCUGCCCUGUGAAAAGGGGUAGGGGGCCUGACUCAGGUCACAUAGAAACUGGGCCUUGAGCUUCCUUCCAUCCAGGACACUGGCCCCCACAGGCUCACCCCUGUGGCUCACCCCUCCUCACUGUGACCAGAAAGAAACCCCACUGCCUGCCCUGGGCCUGGCUCUGCAGCGCUGGGCAGGGCAUGAGCAGCAGGGUGGGGGCGGCGGUGCUGGUGACGGUACUGCUGUGUCUCCUGGCCUUGCCUCCCAGCAGUGUCAGGGUUACAGCUGGGGCCCCUCCCAGUCUCCAGAGCCACUGUCCCUUAGCAACAAUCCUACCAGGCAGAACACACUGCCAACACUGGACAAAGCAGGCAGGAGUCAGCAGAGUGGCCAUCGGGAAAGCUCCAGGACAGACAAGGCCAGAGAGCCUGGCACUAGCAUGGACACGGUGGACACCACUAUGGAGAAGCUCCGGGAACAGUGCCUGUCCCGAGGGGCCUCUGGCAUCCACAGCCUGGCCAGGUUUUUCCGCCGCCUGGACCAGGACAAGAGCCGAUCCCUGGAUGCCAGGGAGCUCCAGCAGGGCCUGGCCGAGCUGGGGCUGGCGCUGGACAUGGCUGAGGCGGAGGGCGUGUGCAGGCGCUGGGACCGUGAUGGCAGUGGGACGCUGGACCUGGAGGAGUUCCUGAGGGCACUGCGGCCCCCCAUGUCCCAGGCCCGGGAAGCAGUCAUUGCAGCUGCAUUCGCCAAGCUAGACCGCAGUGGAGAUGGUGUGGUGACUGUGGACGACCUCCGGGGGGUGUACAGCUGCCGUGCCCACCCCAAGGUGCGGAGUGGGGAGUGGACUGAGGAGGAGGUCCUCCGCCGCUUCCUGGACAACUUUGACUCUUCUGAGAAGGAUGGGCAGGUAGGUGCCGGUGGGGCACUCGCAGCUCCUGUUGCCCUGGCUGUCCAUACUCACUCAGGGCUUGUCUGCCCCCAGGUCACCCUGGCCGAAUUCCAGGACUACUACAGUGGUGUGAGCGCCUCCAUGGACACAGAUGAGGAGUUCGUGGCGAUGAUGACCAGCGCCUGGCGACUGUGAGUGGUACACUCACUCAGCCAGCCCACCCAGUGGCAAACAACCCCCACCAUGGCACCGGAGCAUCCAGCUGGGCAGCCCCAGGGGUGGGGGCUGGGUGGAUUAGUAAGGCCACUGAACCGGUUGGACCAGGUCUCAGAGGCCCUUGCUUGGUCGUGAGGACCAAGUGGAACAAAGGCCCCCACGCUUCACGAGGCUACUGCUGAUGCCCUCCCCCCUCGAGCUCUGUUCUGUUCAGUGAAUCCUUGGCCUGUCGUGCCCCACUGUGCCCCUCUCUUGUGGUCCCUGGGAAGCCAGGAGGACCCUGGCAGGGUGUGAGAACGCAGUGGGGGUGGGCGAGAAGCCAGGCUCUGCACCGAAGUGGCAGGGCUUGGAAGGCAGCUGAGUUUGGUGGCCUGUCCAGGCGUGGAGUGUGGGGUCGGGGCCCAGGGCACCAGGCAGGCCAGGCUGCUCGAGGAGCCUUGCCUGGGAGGCAGAGACCUUUCCUGCCCAGGCCCCGGGGCUUCCUGAUGCCCCUGGGGCACACAGGAGGCCAGGGUGUUUAGUUAAAAGAUUUAAUGUAGUUCCCAAAUACAUUUCAUAUGACAAUCUUACAUAAAUGUUCCAAAACA